GCUACCGUAAAACGUCAUCAGUCCGCGACGGCGCAUAAUAACUAGUCACUACGCUAUACUGAAUAUUCUACCUGUUCUGUUCCUUAUUUCAUGUAUCUACGUUGACGCAAUUACCGAAAAUGUAACGUUUGCGUUUUUUAGGAUGCGCUAUCUCGUUAGAAUGCAAAAGGCAAAAUAAUGAUCCAGUCUGCGUGACCUGCUGGCUUAACAUCCCCUAAAGCAGUACAAGUCCCAUCACACCAUGCUUUUCUCUCUGCGUGAGCUGGUUCAAUGGCUCGGCUUUGCCACUUUCGAGCUCUUCCUCCACCUUGGCGCGUUGCUUGUAUUCAGCGUGCUCGUGGCUCUCCGUGUGGACCUGCUGACCACCAUGAGCUGGUGGCUGGUGUUUGUGCCGCUGUUCGCCGCAGAUGGCCUCAGCACCUACUUCACAGCCAUCGUCUCGAUCCGCCUGUAUCAGGAAGGUGAGGAACGGCUGGCUGUGCUGCGUCUGCUCUGGGUGCUCACCGUACUCAGCCUCAAGCUGGUGUGUGAGGUGCUGCUUUGCCAGAAACUAGCUGAGCACGAGCAGACGCGUGACCCACUCUUCGGCCUCAUAGUCUCUCCUCUUUUCGUCCUCCUGCAGCUGCUCAUGAUCCGCGCAUGCCGUGUUAAUUAAUAUGAACAUGACGGAUCAUUGCCAUUUUAACUGUUUGGCUCCACCCAUAUGAACUUGAAGGAACAUUUCUGAGCCAUUAUUUGCUCAAGUGUACAUUAUUUAAAUCAGAGAGAGAUUUGGGUACAAUUCAGAGUUGCAGCGUAAAUGACAUUCAUAAGUUUUUUUAAAUCGUCUUGGCUCAAGUGUAUAAACAUGGUGUCACUGUAUCCAUUAAAGUGAAAUCACUUCUGUGUGUUUUUUUUAUUUCUGAUGUCCUAAAUGCUGAAUGACAUUAGCUUUCAUUUCUCUCUCUUGGAAUGAUGUUGCUCCUAUUCUGCCUGUGUAAUGACAACACUUUGUUUGUAUAUAUUGUAAAUAAACCAACAUACAUACA